AUGGGACCAACUGUUGCUACGAUCAAGGUUGCUGAAAAUAUUGUGCUGCCACUGAGGGUUUUCGUCAAUCGGAAGCAACUGCUACAGAAUAAUACGCGGGAUAAUUCUUUCCAUACGCCUCUUUUAUCUAGUAAUUCGAUAGUAUAUAUUAAAUCACCAGCUACUAGGAUUUACCUAUCGAAUCAUGAUAUGCACAAUUUGUGCACUGAGAUAACAACUGACAUCUUUCUGAUCCUCUAUGAGCUAUCCUCUCCCAAAUUUAUCGAUGGCGUACUGAAAAAUGUGCGCAUUGGUCAAACUCUCGAUUUUCAAAAGGACGUAAUGGAGAAACUUAACACAGAUAGUUAUGAAGGGCUAUUGACAACCCAUAUACAAAGUCUCACAAGAGUUGCAAAAUCCAAAGUCAAAUUGCAUUUCAAGAAAAACUGGGAACUUGAUAUUUUCAUAAACAGUCUGAAAAAACUUGCCGAUAUGAGAUCGGCACUGCUUCUGAAGGAAUGCGGCUCUGUGGUGCCAGCACCGAGAAUUUAUUCGAGGCGAAGGGUAUUGCUGACAGAGACCAUUAGCACUGGUGAACCUAUCUUGGCUCAAGAGGAGGACCCAUCACCUAUUGGCGCCGGUACGGCAACUGCGAUAGAGACAGCACCUGUGAUAGAUGAGGACAAGAAACCAAGUUUGACAUUUAGGUAUCGGACCGUGGCAUCUCUCAGUGAUUGCAUAGACGUACAUGUUCUUCAAAGACCGAAGAGAAGAAGAGAUCCUCCUGUAGGUCCAUGA